GCCAGAGCAUUUGCAUACAUAUACGUUUUAAAAGCGGAAACAAAAAAUUCGCCGGAUAAUCUUUGGAUCGAAUUAAGCCAUUAGAGCCUAGACCGAUGUAGUUGCUUCGAUUGCAAAACAUUUACCGGCACACGCUAAAGCGCAGUUAUUUGUUUACGAGUUUCUUAAUCAGCUGUCGCUUUUAAACAAUUCAAGAGUGGACAACGCCAACUGAAUCACAGCUACCACAGCUAUUACCAACCCCCAAAACACCAAGAGCAACAACGUUAACUGCAAAAGCCAAAUUGUUCAGUCGCGCUCUCAGUGCUUUCAAUUGCUGUCGCUUGCAACCGACUUCUUAAUAAACGUGUAAUUGUUAGCUUUGUCAGUCACUCCGAAUAAAACAAAUCGUGUGGCACAGAAUGCAGCUUAAGUGAUGAGAUCGUCUCUUACAACGAUUCCCCCUUGCAACCUAUGGCCAUGACGUUACAACGCCAAGCCUGUUAAUUUUACGCAUAUCUGGAUCUACAUUUGUGUUAUUAUUUAAGAACGCACAUAGAAUUUCGUUGCAUUCCCACAGCAAGCAUCUGAAUUAAAUUUUCUAGCAUGGCUUUGGCAAGUGCAGCAGGAGUGCUCCUUAAGCCACAAACGCCGCUCCAGCAAUUGCUGGAGGACAUCAAUUUUCAGCGCACUAAAGAAAUGCGCCAGCUUUUAAAAGAUGAUGGCGGCUUUGUAGUUCUACAGGGUACUACCUAUUGGACAGAUCUCUUUGUGCGUCACUUCCUAUUUCAAACAGAGCCGGUACACAGCAUAGACUCUGAUGACUUGCUGUUUUUCGUUCGCAAGAAACAUGUGAAAAGCUCUUCUCGACAUAUGCCAAAAUAUGAGACUGAAGUUGAAGUAUUUCGCAAAGAUUCACGCAAACUACCUAUUGGCGAUCCCGAUGUUGAUUGGGAGGAGACAGUCUACCUAAAUAUGGUCAUACAUCAGUUUGAUUACACUCUGACGCUGGCCAUUUGCACACGAACUUCGCCCAAGGAGUUGCAGGUGCUGCGCCGGCAUUCGCAGCGCGUCUACGCCAGCCCAAGUCGUCGAAAAAUGGACUCCAAGGGCGAGGGUGAAGAGAUAACAUACCCGCACAUAUGUUUCAUGGUCGAUAACUUCGAUGAGGUAUUCAGCGACAUUUUGGUUCGUGAUGGCGAGAUGGUGUGUGUUGAACUCGUGGCAAAUGACAAGGACGGCGCUGUCCAGGGUGUGAUCUUUCUAGGCUCAAUACGUUACGAUGCUUUGAAGAAAGUUUACGAUGCUAGACAAUCUAGUCUCAGCUCAAAAGUGGCGCAGCGCAUGUCAUUUGGUCUGUUCAGCAGCGGCGCUGGCGUCCAAACCCGUUGCGAAUUUGUCCGCAUGAAGGGACCUCAGGGUAAGGGCCAUGCUGAAAUGGCCGUGACAAAACCUAAAGGCUCCGGUGUGGAGACACCUACUAGUGAGCCUGGCUUUUGUGCGACCGACAUGUGGGAUGAAUGGGAGGAGGAAAACGAUGAUUAUUGUACUUACCGCCAUCAGCGCCGACUCAGCGAUCCUAGUGCCAAUCUCAACAAUUUUUCUCGGUAUGGCUGGCGUACAAAAAAUGCACAGGACGUUGUUGGCGGCGGAAGCAGCGCAGGCGCUAAGGCUCGUUCGGAGAACGAGGGCCUUGAUUCGCUAGCCAGCGAAGUUUCCGAAAUAGAGGCGGGUGAUCUCAGGGAUGAUCAACAACGUCCUGCUUUCUCGGCCUCCACGGCAAAACUGCACCCAAAUCCAAAUUGUGAAUCGCUCAAACAAGGCGCACAAGAUCAGGCUCAAGGCGGCUGUGCCGGCACAGAAUCGACUGCACCUUUAAGCGCAACCGCCGAAGUUUCGGCCAAUGAAGUGGCCACUGGCAAGAACGUCAGCGAAGGCAGCACAGGCUGUGGCAAUUGUUUCGGGGGCAAGAAAUGUAAACGUUGGGUUUCAGCGGUCAGCGCUGACACUCCCGAAAUGUCCGAGGUAUAUUGCCCAAGUUGUGAGGAUGCUGCCAACGAGACACCGGCCUGCCUUAACAAAAUGCCCGAUAAGCAAGCUAAGACGAAGGCCAAGACCAUACUCAGUGUAGAGAGUGAGUUGGUGGUCAGUAAGCGCGGAAGCUUGCGUUUUAGUGACAGCAAAAAGAAGAGCGGGAACAUUACGAGAAGCGCCUCGUUGAGUGCCGCAGAUCGGAGAGCUAAUGGAGCGGCAGCUGCAGCAGCGGCAAAAAAAGCGCCGAUCUACCGAACGCGCCCAGGGCCGGUCAAUGAAAAAAUGCGCAAAGAGAAGGAAAAAGUGUUGGACAGAGAUAAGGAUAAGGAGAAUGAUAAAAGAAGUUCGAAUCAGAAGUCUACAACAACCAGUAGUCUGUUGGCAAGGGUGUCGCCAAAGCGUCUGCGAGGCGGUAAACAUGUCUCCACAGACAAAGAAAAGGAUAGAGAUAAUUCAAAGGCGGCAGUCAAACUAAAGGGCAACUCGGGUAGCACCACCACCACAAAAAACAACAACAACGAAAAGGCAAGGAGUGCCGCUAAGGGGUUAGCACCCGUAGCCAAACAAGAAGAAUAUGAAAUUGCCGACGAUGCGACCUCACUAAAUGGCAGUGAAGCGGACGGUGGCGUUGGAGAUGGCAUUAAUGCCAAAAUUGCUAUACUCAGUGAGAGUGAGUGUAAGCUAAUGAUCAGCGUACGUGGACGCGAAGAGUUGCCCGUCGUGGAGCAACAUACAGUUACGCCAACGCCGCCGUCGGCCCUACGUUUUGAAAAGUGUUUACUUGUACCUGUGAAAUCAGAAAGCCAUCCAUUACAGUUAGAAAUUGGAGACCCGACACCGUCUCAGUCACCGUCAUCGUUGCCAGCUGACAACGCAGCGAACGAUAAUGAACCCGAUGAGGAGGCUGCUGCGGCGCCAUCAGAGCUAACGCCCAUGUUGCUAAAUGAUGAGCAGAACGAUGCUAAUGGCAAUCAUAAUCAUCAUCAGGCAGAUGAUGGCAGUUCAACAUUGCCACGUACCACCUCCAAACGCAACAAUGCCGCCUCCCAGCAGUCGUUUUUGAACAAGGCAAUGCAUCUGGUGCCUAAGCGACGUACGCCAGAUGGCACAAACAUAUAUUAUUGGUGUGAUCUUCCCAAGAAAGCGCUCAAAGAACUCGAUGAUGGCGCCUAUAAUCCACUCUGGACAAGUCGUGGUUUUACACAAUCUUUUCAUUUCUGGAAGGAGAAUCGUCGCCAACAAUCCACACCGCUCAACGCAUUCCUGACCUAUGUCACACUGCCCUGGUGGAGUAUUGCGAAAGACCUCUUGGACCAUCGGGAAACGCCAAUUUUGACAUUUUAGUACUGAAUCCCAUGUGCAAACUUUAUGAUUUAAUCAUUUAUUUGUAUUCCUUUUAUGAUUGUGAUUUGCUUUGAUGCUUUUUUGUAUUGGUGUAUUAUUAUUUAAAUAUUAAUCAAAUGCUAACCGUGUGAUCAGUUCCAAAAGUAUCUCAUGUAUAGCUCUUGUCAGUGUAAUUUAAUUUUUAUUUGUAAAUGGUCGUAACUAUUAUAUUACGCCUGUUGUGAAUUCAGUUUUUUGUUACACACAUUUUUUAAUAUAUUCAAAUAUAAAUAAAUCUCUAAACUGUAUUAUAUUUUAAGCAAUUGUAUCUAUGAACGAUGUAUACAUACAUUUGUGUUUAUUUUCACUGUUAUAUGUAAAGCUCGAUCCUCGCGAGUAUGCUAACAAUUUCCUACACAAACUAAAUAGAUUAUGAGUAUAUUAAAGAUCUGAGCCAACUAACAAAUUUGUAUGAUGUACUAUAGAACCCUAAAUACUAUAAUUUGUAUAUGAAUUUUGAAACAUA